UCAUUUGGAAAACUGAACACAGCUAAAAGUUGAAACCGCCACACCGGUGUUAUCAUUCUUAGUUUGAACGUUCAACCAUGAGGACACCAACGGCCUCAAUCAAUUAUUGCUGUCCUUUCUAAUAAAACUGCCGCAAAUCGAGAUUUUACAUUACAGUUAGAUAAAUCACUCGGUGUUAAAACAAGCAGAAGGUCCAGCGAAUUGGAAGCUACUGUGAAGAAAUUUUGACAGCCGUUUAUUUAGUUCUUUACGUGGAGGGUAAUUCUUAGGGAUAAAGUGGAAGACACAAAGAUUGGUAAUCAUGCCACCUGGUCGUUAUCGAGAGAAGAUGACAAGUGCUGUCAAGGACUACGUCUUCUCCUUAGAUACAUGGAGAGACAGAUUCCCUAUAACAAGAUGGCUGCCAAAAUACAGACCGAACAACAUCAUCAAUGACGUCAUAGCUGGAUUGACCGUUGGGCUAACUGUGAUCCCACAGGGGCUUGCCUAUGCGAACAUAGCCAAGCUUCCCCUAGUGUAUGGUCUGUACUCGGCUUUUAUGGGUUGUUUCGUGUACUGCAUAUUCGGCAUGUCGAAAGAUGUCACAGUCGGCCCUACAGCAAUCAUGUCAUUGCUAGUGGCCGACUACGGCAGACCGCUUAGUACUGGGGCCGACUUGAACGAUCCGACGUACGCUGUCUUAUUAGCGUUCUUUGCUGGUGUCAUUCAGAUUGCUAUGGGAAUCUUACACUUAGGGUUUGUAACAAACUACAUUUCAUCAGUGGUUAUAUCUGGCUUCACGUCAGCUUCAGCGGUGACUAUCGGCUUUGGUCAAAUCAAAAACAUUCUCGGCAUACAGUUCCACUCAGAUGUUUUUACGUAUGACUUCCUUAACUUAGUGAACAACAUCGGUGAAACAAGAUGGCAAGAUGCAACUCUAGGAUUCAGCUGCAUUAUUGUGUUGAUUGUGUUAAGGUUGGCCAAGAACAAAAGUCAGCACAUCAUUAACCAGAUGACCAGCUCAUCUCCAUGGUUACAGAAAGCAAAAUGGAAGGCCCUCUGGAUUCUCGGCACAGGACGCAAUGCUGUCGUGGUUGUGCUUGCUUCAGGUGUAUCCUUUACUCUGGAUAAUUAUGGUUAUGAUGGUGAAUUAACUAUUACUGGUAAUGUUUCGUCGGGUCUACCAUCCUUUGCAGUUCCGGAUUUCCAAGCAGAUGGUAUAUUUACGCAUCUACGGGCUGGCCUGGCUAUUAUUCCCCUCAUUGGAUUCCUUGAAAGCAUUGCAAUCGCUAAAGGAUUUGCUCGACAAAAUGGCUAUCGGGUGGAAUCAAACCAAGAGCUCAUCUGUCUCGGUUUCUGCAACCUUGGAGGCUCUUUUGCUUCGGCAUAUCCUGUAACUGGGAGUUUCUCAAGGUCUGCAAUCAACAGCCAGUCGAGUGUUGCGACCCCACUAGGUGGUGUAUUUACGGGCGGUCUGGUCCUGUUUGCUCUGGCCUUCCUCACACCAGCAUUCAAUUACAUCCCUAAAGCUGCUCUGGCUGCUGUUAUCAUCUUCUCGGUCGUCUUCAUGUUUGACUAUCAGAUCGCAAUUUGCCUUUGGAGAAUCAACAAAUUUGAAUUGCUGACAUUAAUGGCUACGUUUCUCCCUUCCCUUCACCUCGGAGUAGAGUAUGGGACGAUCAUUGGUAUCGGUGUAGACCUACUCAUGUUAACGUUCCACCAUGCAAAACCCUCUGUUAAGGUGGAUAGAACGAAUACGGUACCCAUAGUGUGCUACAAGGAGGGGCUGCGCUACCCUGCAUCCGAUCCUCUACAGACAUUGCUGGACCGAGAGAUCACAACAUCCAUUGUGCUUGAUAUGAACUAUAUCAACAGAAUAGAUUUCACUAUAGUUGAGGGUCUUCGGGAAACUGCCGAAUCUUUCAACAAACGAGGGAAGCGUAUAGCAGCAGCCAAUGUGCGGCCUGCAGUAAGAAGAAUGUUAAACCGGGCAGAUAUCAGACAUCUUGCUGUUUAUGACUCGGUUGAGGAGGCUGUACAGACACUGGCACCAAUAGCACAAAUAAACCUAGCUACUGAUCCAGACGGUAAGUGUGUUUGUUUGUUUGUUUGUUUGUUUGUUUGUUUGUUUGUUUGUUUGUCUGUCUGUUUGUUUGUUUGUUUAAAUGGAUACCUUUGA